AUGUCUUCCUCCUCUCGCCCCAAACCGACCCGCAAGAGCUCUUCCAAUCACCGCAAUACCCUUUCACUACAAAAGACGGAGAUCAAGAUACACAUAUACGACCUGCUGCCCCCAGGAAAGGUGUCCACGGUGCUAUGGGCUAUCGGCAGCUCUCUCCUGCAUUCGGGUGUCGUUAUUGGCGACCGAGAGUAUGCGUACGGUGGCCAUGACCAGCGCGGCGUUAGUGGAGUCUACUACACCAAGCCCGGACAAGAACCACCAGGCGGCACCUUUCGACAAGCGAUCCUUCAUGGAUUCUCCUUUCGGCCACAAGAAGAAUUGGAUGCAAUAAUACACGAGGCCUCUCAACAAUUCAUGGGAACCUCUUACAACCUCCUCACCAAGAACUGCAACCACUUCACCUCCUACCUCUGUCAAAAACUGACCAGUCGCUCCGCGCCAAGUUGGCUAAACCGCGCCGCUAGCAUAGGCGUAGCUCUCCCAUGCGUUGUGCCACGGGAAUGGAUAUCACCACCGGAUCAUGAUACUGCGGAUGGAGAGCUCCUUGACGAGGACUUCGAAGACGAAAGAUCGUCUAUGUUACGACACGAUGAACAAAGACGGCGCCUGCGGGCCACCGAGGACGACGCGCAGGACUGGGAGUACGCGCAGGAGGAGAGGUUAUCUAGCGUUAGCGGUGGAAGUGAGCAAAGAGGCGCAAGAGGGCAUCCUCGGUAUGCGUCCGGAGAUCAUGCACCAAGAAUCGUCAAGGACACUGAGAAUCGGGCGAUACCUGCAGCUGAAAGAGCACCGCUCCCCAAGAGAAUAACAUGA